CCGGAAAUUGCCGAGUGAAAGGUGAAAACAAGCAAGAUGGCGGGUGUUUGCAGGCUGGCAAGGGUGACCAUGUCACCCUUGAUUAGACAAGCGGUUUCGAAUUUUAGGUGUGUCAGCACGACAGGAGUGACACACAAGCAGUUUGCUGAGUCUGCUGACUUUCAGGAUGAUGAAAGGAGGAGUUGGCUGAAGAACCUGCUUCGUGUCCGAACACUUCCCACUAGCUCCGAGUCUCACUCCAGUCAACUCUCAAGUAAAGAAACAGUCUAUGAGAUUCAGUUUCAUGCAGUGAAACCAGAAUCUAUGGAAGAUUAUUUAAAUCAGUUCCAAGAGUUUGAGGAGUUGUUGAAGAAGAAAGAUGCGGGUCAAAGUCUUGUAGGUAGCUUCACUGUGGAAAUUGGUGACCAGGAUGAAGCAAUUCACAUAUGGGCAUUCAAGGGAGGCUACCCUGUACUCAAUAGAGCAAAUCAGAUCUACAGAACAGACCAAGAUUUCAUAAAAUUUCGCAAGAAUCGCAACAAGAUGCUGCGAUCGAGGAGGAACCAGAUCCUGCUUGCUUUUAGUUUCUGGCCUGAGCUCAAACCCAGAGAAGGCAAAAGCAUUUACGAACUCAGGAGUUAUGUCCUUAAGCCGGGAACUAUGAUUGAGUGGGGCAAUAACUGGGCCCGAGGAAUCCAAGCCCGUCAAACUAACAAUGAACCAGUAGCAGGGUUCUUUUCACAGAUGGGAGAACUGUAUAACGCUCACCAUAUCUGGGGCUAUAAGGACCUGCAGACCCGCAAGGAGACGAGGGAGGCAGCAUGGAGUCGGCCCGGCUGGGAUGAAUGUGUGUCCUAUACAGUUCCACUGAUCCGCCACAUGCAGUCUCGUAUCCUGAUCCCGACCCCGUUCUCUCCACUGCAGUAGUGGCCCUGGCUCCUCACCUGUGUGGACUGUAGUGCUUAGUGUCCGUGUGCUGCAGAUCACAGACAGGCACCAACUGGUGGUUGCAAGUCUCUACAAUUGUAAUAUAUACACAAUACAAGUAAUCUGACCAACAAACCUCUGUUAUUAUUUGUCAAGAUUCCCAAUUUUCGGGAAUAGGAGAUAUGUUACUGUAAUGUAAACUAAAUGUUUCAGUGAAUCAUUGAUGCAGUCUGUAUGUACCCAUUUGCAAAGUGCAGAGUCAGGGCAAAGGAAAGAGUUAUUGACAAGUGUAUGCAUCAAGUCAGAAUGUGGCAUUGUAUAUUUCAUAGUAUAAGGUUCUGUGUCCUUUACAAUGAUUUGGCUAUUAUGUCCAAUGUUGUGAGUUGAUAUGACUGGAAGCAAUAGGAGCUUUGUUGUCUUCCAUAUCAACAAUUACUUGAUCAAUACAAGGGAAAUAAACACAUACAGUAAACAGUAACACUUUUUUUCUUUCUCUUCUAUGCCAGGACUUAUUGAGAACACAUAAGCUGGAAUACAUGAAAACAGCAGGAAGUAGAAAUUUCCAUCAACUUUCUCAACUGAAUAUUGGAACCUACUUGAUUAAAUGCUGUUGUAUAUACUAAUAUGACAGUAAAUCAUUGCAAAUGUUAACUGCUGCAGUUUAUUAACUUUUCAAUUUCUAGAUGGUUUUGAGAAGGAUCUUCCAAGUUGAAGGUGCUAAUGUUGAACAGGGGAAGGGUAGGUCGGCUUGGGAUGGAGUUUGCUGUGCCAGUAGAAGUAAUCAAGCAUAGUAUCUAUUUAUUGAUGAUGAGACCAGCAGCAAUAUUCCUCCUCUGUUGAGCAAGUGGAGGUGUUCAUGCCAGAUCACAUGACCAGGGUGAGGGUCCUAUGUUUGAGUCACAUGCAUCCGUCCAAACAUAACAGUUCUUGUUGGAUUGUGGGGAAAUGUGGCCAGCCAUUCAGGGCAAGCAGUCAUGCCAUGUUCUGUGUAACAGUAUUAUUGUUGAUCGCGUUAGGGUGUUUAUGUCAAAGUAAGUGUUCUAAUGAACGCCAUCUCAGUUCAACUCUUAAGAUAUGUUCACAUCAGGCCAUUAGGCUUAACUGAUUGGUUCUCCUGUUUUGUGAAGGAAAGCCUUUUGUUUGUUUCCUCAGUUGGUAAUAUAUAACUUCUAUGUAUAACACUUGCACACUAGUUGUGUCGGAUGUCAAAACACUGUGUUGUGCUGAGAUCCUGUGGUCAUAGGUCCUAGAUUCAUCCUGAUGUGAUCCUUGGUUUGUCACUUACAUCAUCACAUAUGUCACAUUUCACACGUCAGUCACAUAUGCCAUACACUGGUACUGUCACUGUCACAUGUACCUAUAGUUACUACAGAACUGUUGAAAGUGUCACAUGUAGACAGUUACUACAGUGUCAAGUGUCACCCAUACUGAUAGUUACUACAGAACUGUUGAAAGUGUCACAUGUAGAUAGUUACUACAGUGUCAAGUGUCACCCAUACUGAUAGUUACUACAGAACUGUUGAAAGUGUCACAUGUAGAUAGUUACUACAGUGUCAAGUGUCACCCAUACUGAUAGUUACUACAGAACUGUUGAAAGUGUCACAUGUAGAUAGUUACUACAGUGUCAAGUGUCACCCAUACUGAUAGUUACUACAGAACUGUUGAAAGUGAAAUGUGUCACUAUAACGUCAAGAAUCUGAUUUUCGGAUAGUCAUUGCAGUAAUUCCAGUUGUUUUUGUCACAAUAUUCACUGCUACAUAACAUUUGUGGUGUCUACAGCCGCUGAAGUUAAUUUUGGCCGACAUCAUAUAUAUAUAUAUGUGUCAUGAUUAUAUGUAAUAUUGACCAAUGUUAGGUGCUGACUUUGAAUCUUGACUUCUGUUAUGUAUAAUUCCUAGCAUGACUUGGUGUCCACGAUUUGAACAGAAUUAUAUUGAAUGAAUCGCUCCUAAAAUACUUGAACGUCUGGUUUAGCCAGUGGACAACUCAUAUUUUGAAGCAUGUUAAUUUGAGUGCAUACAACGUCAUUUUCCGCGUUAAAUCCAACUCUAACCUCAUUUACGCAGUUUUAUUAAAAAAAUAUGGUUGAAGCUUCUUACAUGUAAGUACAGACAAAACGUACGUAUAUGUUUCUUGCUGGGACGGCCAAUUGCCCGAACGUGGUCUCCCUGGUCGACGUUACGUAUCCGCAGGUUGUAUUUGCAGCGUAGACUGUAUCAGGAGUAGGCAACCCAAGUCUUAAAGGUUGGAAAUGAGUCCAUCUAUUAGAAAAAACCCACACUGGCCUCAACUUGUAUGUUUUGCUAAGAACCGCCAUGCAAUUGUGAUGUAAUUUCCGCUCAUGAUCAUGAUCUGUACAGUAUUAUCUAUGUGCCAGUCAGCUGGGAAGGGGCAGCUAUCGGUUCUCUGUAUGAUAAUUAUUGUAAAUAGGGUGCGAGUUACAUGCAUGUCCUCGGACUUGAGGCCAGAAUAUUUGUACCAUUCGUAGAUGAAAUGCUGUCAUCCAUGUCUAAUUUCAAGAGUGUAUCCUUUGAAAUAAACUUUUUGGAUUGGA